UUUUUUACGCUAUCUGUCACUUUCGCUCUUUAGUAAAGCGGCGAUCGUCAUUUGUUGUUGUUGCAACCUUUGGAAAUGUAAUAACAAGAUAGUGUGCUGUGGCUUGUGAACGAUCAAGAUAGCCGUGACAAAAAACACUUCCGCUUUUUACAUGGAUACAGGGAAACGCCAACUUGAUGGUUUUGGAGGUGUGUGAAAAUGCCGACGGUUGUGUCGAAAUUCUUGUCGAAGAGCGAAACGGCUCUGAAUUUGAAUCGGAGGGCGCUUUCGGGGGCCGUUGUGGCCGCUGCGCUUUUUGCCUACACGUACAAAGUCGCCUAUCCUCUUCUAACACGUAAAAACGACGUAAACAUCAACAAUAAUCUAGUCAGGAGAACUAUCCAAAAUGGACUUAAGGGCAAUGGGCCGAAACGGCACCGAUUACGUAACACCAUCCCUGCACUCAAUCUACAGUUUAUUUUGCAAUUUAUCAAGUUGGCGAGGAUUAUGAUACCGAGUGUUUUUUGUGCCGAAAUUGGAUUGUUGGGAGGGCAUACGACUUUUCUGUUUUUGAGGACGUUUUUGAGUAUUUAUGUGGCGAAUUUGGAGGGGGCCAUUGUCAAGUAUAUUGUGAGGAAGGAGCCGAAGAAUUUUAUUAAACAGUUGAUGAAAUGGUUUGCUGUUGCGAUUCCAGCCACUUUUAUCAAUAGUAUGAUCAAAUUUUUGGAAAGUAAAAUUGCGUUGAGCUUUAGGACGAGGCUAGUGGAGCAUUCGUAUCAAUUGUAUUUCAAAAACCAAAGUUAUUACAGGGUGACAGUUCUCGACGGCCGUCUCGACAACUGCGCCCAACGCUUGACCGACGAUAUCGAGACAGUUGCCAGCACUGUAUCGCAUUUAUACGGCCAAAUAACCAAACCCAUGUUCGAUAUCCUCCUAAUGGCCAUCGCAUUGGCCAAUUUGGUCAAAAGUCGCAACGCGAAUCUCAUCACCGGUCCCGCCAUCAUUUCCGGUGUCGUAAUAUUCUCCGCUUUGGUUUUGCGACUGGUUUCGCCCCGUUUUGGGCAACUGGUGGCCCAGGAGGCCGAAAAAAAGGGCUAUUUGCGCCACGUCCACUCCCGGAUUGUCUCAAACGCCGAGGAGAUCGCCUUCUAUGGGGGCCACAAGGUCGAACAAUCGCAAUUGCGGAGCGCCUUCCGGAUUUUGGCCCAACAUAUGGAGCACAUGUUUGGGGUGAAAUUGUGGUUUGUUAUGUUGGAGCAGUUUUUGAUGAAAUAUGUGUGGUCCGGCACUGGAAUGAUCGUCGUUUCGUUGCCUAUUUUGUUGGCUAGUGGGCCGGGUAAAGCGCCAACUGCGAAAAAAUUGAUCAAUUUGCCGAUUUUGAGCGAGGAGCCGGCUGUGGCAACAGUGGCUGAAGGGGAAGUUUACGAUAGUGUCUCAGAAAGGACGCAUUAUUUCACCACUGCGAAAAAUCUACUCAUUACGGGCUCAAAUGCCGUCGAAAGAUUAAUGUCGAGUUAUAAAGAUAUCGUUGAAUUGGCGGGACAUACGGCCAGAGUGGCCAACAUGUUCACGGUUUUAGAAGAAGCGAGUCAAGGGAUUUAUCACAAGACGUUGGUGGAGAAAAAGGAGAAGUGUGGGGACUUUGAAAUUGAGUUUAAAGGCGACCAACCGCUCGCCAAAGGCAAACUAAUCGUCUCGAGCACCAACGAAAUCAUCCUAAAGAACGUCCCCAUCGUGACCCCCAAUUGCGACGUGGUUUGCCCCUCUUUAAGCGUCGAAUUAAAACCAGGCCAACAUUUACUCAUCACGGGCCCCAACGGCUGCGGCAAAUCCAGUCUUUUCCGCAUUUUGAGCGGUUUAUGGCCCAUAUAUGGGGGCGAAUUGCACACACCGAAAAACUCCAUGUUCUACAUCCCCCAACGGCCCUACAUGGUCAUCGGGAACUUGCGCGACCAAAUCAUAUACCCCGACACCGCCACUGACAUGAUCAACAAGCAAGUGACCGAGGAUGACCUUCGCAAAAUCAUGCGAUUGGUGCACCUGGAGCACAUCGUCGAGAGGGACACCUUCCACCAGGUCAAAGACUGGACUGACAUUUUAUCAGGGGGCGAGAAACAACGAAUGGCAAUCGCGCGGUUGUUCUACCACAAGCCCAAAUACGCACUCUUGGAUGAAUGCACGUCAGCGGUGUCCAUCGACGUGGAAAGCUUCAUUUAUCAAACCGCCAUUGACAUGGGAAUCACACUUUUAACAAUCACGCAUCGACCCACUUUGUGGAAAUUCCACACACACAUUUUGCAAUUUGACGGCACGGGUGCGUGGAAAUUUGAAGAAUUGAAUGCCAACAAUCGACUCACUUUGAAGAAAGAAAAAGAAGAAUUGAUGAAGAAGAAAAGCACCCAAGAAACCAUUCAAAGGCUCAAUGAACUGAACAAACUUUUAGGCGAAGACCACUAGACAAUUAGUUCGAUAGCUGUAGCGGUGAAUUGACAAAUAUUACAAUAAAGUGAUUUAUUUAUUAAAAUGAA